AUGGACUUCAAGACGGCAGCUGCAGUGGUCUCAUCCACCGCCGCCACGGCAUCUGGAUCCGACAUUCAUUCGAAUUUGAGCUCGACAUUUGCCGCCACUUCCUCUUCAUCCUUGGGCUCACUAACAGACUACAACAACUUCCCAUUGGCACGACGAGGCGAUCGAACCUAUAUCCGCGACCCGGACAAUGUCUACCCUCUGCCAUGCGAUUUGCCCGAAACCCACCGUCAGACCCUGCGUACAAUGAUGCUACUCCGCGUCUUAGGCGGCCCGUUUUGCAAUCCCCACUUAGCCAAUCGCCCACCGAAGCGCGUCCUGGAUAUAGCCUGCGGGUCCGGUCUAUGGUCUGGUUUGUGCCACGAGUGGCUUACUCGCCGUGGCCAACCGAAUGCCGCCUUUGUCGGGCUUGAUUGUAUCUCAAUUGCUCCGGAUCUGCGCAAACAAGGAAUGAACUGGCAGUUUAAGCGACAUGACCUACGCAAGCCCCGCCUUCCAUUUCCGGACGACUAUUUCGACUUUGUAUUCAUUAAAGAUGCCGGCAUGUGCCCUUCCAGCCCGGCACAAUUAGCUUCCGGUCUGAGCGAGCCUCUCCGGGUUUUGAAAUCAGGAGGAAUCUUAGAAGUCUGGGACUCGGACUGGGUGUUUCGAUCGCUGCUACCCAACCCGGCACCGGCUCGGAAAGCCUUUACGAAAGAACAAGAAGUUGCUGAAGCAACCUCUACCUAUACAUAUUCAUCGGCCACGCCUUUCACGAGUGCACAGAACAAAUAUAUUGUCGACUAUAACUCAUGGGUCGAAAAAGCUUUUGACCAGCGCAAGCUCACAACCAUUCCAUGCGCUACUAUCGGUCUGUCGUUCAACUCGGAGGUCGAUUUACUAGAGAACGUGGACAGCCGCCGAAUAGCAAUCCCACUGGGUGAUUCGCGCUGGGAGCGAGAGGGUCAAAGAAAACACUCUAAGGGUCGACCACGCAAGCCAUUGACACCUGAUCAAAUAGCCAUUCGUCGAACGGCACUUCUCACAACGAUCCAGAUGAUCGAGGGAUUGGAGCCCUUACUCAUGGAGGCUAGUGGGAAAAGCCGUGAUGAGUGGGACCGAUGGUGGGCUGCGAUGACCACGGACCUUUUUCAUAAGAAUGGCCUCUUCAAUGGCGAGUGUCUCGAAGUGAGUGCUUGGUGGGGACGAAAGAAAUGA